UCACAAAACCGGCAGAAAAAAGCCUCAGUUCUUCAGAUGUCCAGCAAAACAUGAGAAAGAAACUUGUGGAUGAAAUGAAAGCAGAAAACAUCAAGCAAUUCCUUCGCUCCUUUACCAAGCUGCCUCACCUUGCAGGAACUGAACAGAAUCUUCUUCUUGCCAAACAAAUUCAAGGCCAGUGGAAGGAAUUUGGCCUGGAUUCAGCAGAACUCGUUCAUUAUGAUGUGCUUCUUUCAUACCCAAAUGAGAAGCAGCCAAACUACAUCUCAGUAAUUGAUGAUCAAGGGAAUGAGAUUUUCAAUACAUCAUUGUUUGAACCACCUCCACAUGGGUAUGAAAAUGUUACUGAUAUCCUACCACCAUAUAAUGCUUUUUCAGCUCAAGGAAUGCCAGAGGCAGAUCUGGUGUAUGUGAAUUAUGGUCGUACUGAAGACUUCUUUAAGCUGGAGCGUGAAAUGGGAAUUAACUGUACAGGAAAGAUUGUCAUUGCCAGAUAUGGGAAGAUCUUCAGGGGGAACAAAGUUAAAAAUGCCAUAUUAGCAGGAGCCCAAGGGAUCAUACUUUAUUCAGACCCUGCUGACUACUGUGCUCCAGGAGUAGAUGCUUAUCCAGAUGGGUGGAACCUUCCAGGUGGAGGAGCCCAGCGUGGGAAUGUGUUAAACCUGAAUGGAGCUGGGGACCCUUUAACACCAGGUUAUCCUGCAAAAGAGUACACUUUCAGGUAUAAAAUUAAUGAAGGUGUAGGGAUCCCCAAAAUCCCAGUUCAUCCCAUUGGAUAUCAUGAUGCAGAAGUCUUAUUACGUGCAAUGGGAGGACCUGCAGCUCCCGACAGCAGCUGGAAAGGACGUCUCAAUGUGCCUUAUAACAUAGGUCCAGGAUUUGCAGGCAACUCCUCUACAAGAAAAGUCAGGAUGCAUGUUCAUGCAAACAAUAAAAUAACACGGAUUUACAAUGUCAUUGGCAUCCUCAGAGGAUCUGUGGAGCCAGACAGAUAUAUUAUUUUAGGAGGUCAUAGAGAUGCUUGGGUAUUUGGUGGUAUUGAUCCAACUACGGGUGCAGCUGUUCUGCAAGAGGUUGUACGGAGCUUUGGUAAAAUGAAGAUGGAAGGUUGGCGACCCAAGCGAACCAUUAUUUUUGCAAGCUGGGAUGCAGAAGAAUUUGGAUUACUGGGAUCCACAGAAUGGGCUGAGGAAAAUGCCAGAGUCCUCCAAGAACGGGCAGUUGCUUACAUCAACUCAGAUUCUUCUAUAGAAGGUAACUACACACUAAGAGUUGACUGCACCCCUCUUCUCUACAAACUGGUGUAUAAUCUGACAAAAGAGAUUUUAAGCCCUGAUGAGGGUUAUGAAAGUAAGUCUCUUUAUGAGAGCUGGCUUGAGAAAGAUCCCGCAAGUGAGAAUAAUAGCUAUCCCAGAAUAAACAAACUGGGAUCAGGCAGUGAUUUCGAAGCUUACUUUCAGCGGCUGGGAAUUGCAUCAGGCAGAGUCCGUUAUACCAAGAACAGGAAAGCAGACAAAUUCAGCAAUUACCCUGUUUAUCACACAGUGUAUGAGACCUUCGAGUUAGUGGAAAAGUUUUAUGACCCCACCUUCAGGAAACACCUAACAAUUGCCCAGCUACGAGGCAAACUGGUUUAUGAACUGGCAGAUUCCCAGAUCAUUCCAUUUGACUGCAGAGAUUAUGGAGAAGCCUUAAAAGACUAUAGCAAUAGAAUUUAUAAAUUGGCCAAGAAGCAUGAAGAACAGCUGAAACUUUACACAGUAUCAUUUGAUCCUCUUUUUUCUGCUGUGGUGAACUUCUCAAAGGCUGCUGCUGAAUUUCACAGGAGACUUGAACAAGCUGACAAGAAAGAGCCAAUCACAGUGCGAAUCAUGAACGACCAGCUGAUGUUUAUAGAAAGAGCUUUCAUCGAUCCUCUUGGAUUACCAGGAAGGAAGUUUUACAGGCAUGUCAUCUUUGCUCCAAGCAGCCACAACAAGUAUGCUGGAGAGUCCUUCCCGGGGAUCUAUGAUGCCCUGUUUGAUAUUGAAAGCAAAGUGGAUCAGCAUGAAGCCUGGGAAGAAGUUAAGAGGCAGAUUUCCAUUGCAGCCUUCACUGUGCAGGCAGCAGCAGGGACACUGAAAGAAGUAGCAUAGAAUGAUGGCUUCGAUAAGCUCAAACAGCCAAGUCACAAGUGUAGCUUACUGAGGCUGCUGCAGUGACCCAGUCUCUCCUGACUGCCUGCUGUACUGGAGUUCCCAACCUUGGGAAUGUGUGUGAGUGUACUGAUGGGGUGAGCAGGAGCUUUUGCAUAUCAAAGAGCUCCUGAGUUAGAAGAUUCUGCUUCUCUGAUACUGACAGUGCUCUUGCUUUAAGAACAGCCCUAGAUAGAGGCAAAUUUGGGGGUAGGGAGAAGGAAGAAUUAGUUUCCCAAUUAGAGUUUUCCUGAAAGAUCUGCUAAUUUUGAGGACCCUUUAGUUUAGAUGUACAAUUAGAAACCCCAUUAUUUGCCAAGCUGCCUGUAAAUCUUGCCCAUAGCAGUGAUCAACAGCACACAUAUAGAAUUCUAUAUCAAGAGAAAAAUACAACACUGCUCUGCACCUGCAUUUUUCUUGUUGGGGUAAUUUUAUAACACAGGACACCAAAGGCACCUCUGUAUUUCAGAAUCUAUUUUGCAGGGCUGGUGAACGCUCAUUUCACUGAUUUACUUUCUUUUCCCACAAAAGCAGUACCAGCCAUUCUUGAUAAUGAGAGGAAACAGCAGCUUAGAUGCAGAAAUCCAAGAGCAUUUCCUCAGGGAGCCAGUAUCCAUCCCUCUCAAAGUCACUGUGUGCCUCCCUCCUCUACUAGGUGCUUUGGAAAAUAAAGACUUUGUGGGAUAACCAGACAUUGACCUCCCAGCUCCUUUUGGCACUUUCAUUAGUCCCAAACCCAUUAUAGCAGCUUUUGUUCCUAUAUUUUCCUGGAAGAUCUCUUUCAUUCAGAUGUCUUCUUCCAGUUGAGGAAGCUGGAAGGCAUUGGCACUAUUGGGAAGGAGCUUGAGGUUAUGCUGCUUUUAAAUAGACCUGAAGGAAGUUUCGCAUCAGGAACUGCUUUUGUGUUCAAAGAGAAACUGAAAUGCAUGAGAAAGGUAA